GAAUCGGGCGCGAGGAUGAGCGCAAAGAUAUCCCUGGCGAGCCGCGGCACGGCACAGUCGCCGGUCAACCAUCGUGGCAAAUCAUCGUCGGGGCUGCUGCUCGCCGGGAAGUCUGUGAAGAGGCCGUCGUCGAUGACCGUAGAGGUGACUGGCACCGAGGAAAGAGCCGUCAAACGAGCCGCUGUCCCAGAACUGGAAGCAUCGUCCAGCUCGUCGCGUCCAAACAGUUUGUUGGAGAGAGAGAGCAACAUGCCAGUUUUAACGCGCGCCUGCACUACUGCCACGCUCCCGAGGAUCAAGAGGUUCAAAUUCGCUUCGUUCGGGUCCGGCUCGCGUCUCGACGCAACGACGACGGGCGAGGCGAGAAGGGCGCCGACCACGGGGCGGCAACGCGGCAACGAGCACAACGAUCCUCAAUCGUCGCCUGCCAUGUCCACCCUUGUGUGCUGCGAGCCGGUCUCGGCCGCGGCCCGUUCCCGGGACAACCUGAAACUCGUGCUGAAUCGGAGCCUGAGCGAGCCGGGGCCCGCGGCGGGGGCGGCCGGCGCGUCCGCCGCCUUCCUGUCCGCCACCCCCCCCUCCACGCCUGUCUCGGCCAGCUCGUCGACGAGCAGCGGCGUGGACAGCGGGUGCUCGACGAGCGACGGGUCCGAGUGCGGGGUGAACGGGGCCGAUUGCGGGGCCGUCCACCACCGCCACUGCCACCACCACCUCCACCACCACCACCACCUCCACCACCAGCACCUCCACCACCUCCAGCACCAGUCGUCCACCAAGCGUUGCAAGCUGGAGACGGUCAGCCUGCCGACCAGCCCUUCGUCCGAGAGCAACACCCUCCAGAGGCAGCUGGUCCUUCAGAGGACCAACGCUAUAACCGCCGACCAGCUGGCGGAACGGCUUCGAUCGUGCCCCCGCGACGGGGGACAGGCGUCGAGCGUGGUGCUCGACUGCCGCCCCUUCAUACUGUACAACGUGAACCACGUGAGGGGGGCGAUCAACGUGAACUGCUCGGAUCGGUUCAACAGGAGGAGGUUGCAGUUGGGCAAGGCCGCCCUCGCCGACCUCGCGAACACGAGGGAGGGGAAGGAGUUGCUGCGCAGGAGGCAUUACAGGGAGGUCGUCGUUUACGACGAUUGCACCGACGACGUGGACCGGCUGCCCGUCCAGCACCCACUGUUCCUCGUGCUCGUCGCGUUGUUGGACGACAACAGGGAGCCUGCUCUUCUUUUGGGUGGACACAAGGAGUUCCACAGGCGGCACAGGGACCUCUGCGAGGAUACGCUUCUCCCAACAGUCGGAGCAGGUCCGUCCACUGUCGGUAGUUGUUCCAGUCCAGGACCAGGGUGUCCAGUAUUAAGUCUGUCCGGACCACCGACUCCGCAACCCGCGGAUAUCGAUAGUCACCCAGCCUCGAGAGUUCUACCGUUCCUCUACCUUGGAAAUGGCAGGGACGCGGCCGACUUGCAACUUCUUCGCGCGUUAGGCGCAACCAGAGUCCUCAAUGUCACUUCACAGCUGCCUGGAUAUCACGAGGAGAGGGGUAUCACGUAUAGACAGAUCCCUGCCUCGGAUUCUGGCCACCAAAACCUUAAACAGUACUUCGAGGAGGCGUUCGACUUCAUUGAGGAAGCCCGAAAAGCCGGAAGCAGCGUGUUAGUGCAUUGUCAAGCGGGAGUAUCGCGCAGUGCGACAAUCGCAAUCGCGUAUAUAAUGCGACACAAGGGCCUGUCCAUGGUGGAGGCCUACAAAUUGGUGAAGAACGCACGACCUAUCAUCAGUCCUAAUCUCAACUUCAUGGGACAAUUGUUAGAGCUCGAGCAAGGUUUAAGGGCAUCAGGUGGCGUGGCGGCUGCCCCCGAGGAGCCAAAAAGCUGUCACCAAUGUCGCUGGUCUCAUCAGCAAAAUAGCGAGGAAGUUACUUCCGGUUGCAGCGUCUGAGUCGAGCGAAAUCACCAGGCGAGGAUCACCCGAUUCUCUCGCAUGACAAUCGGGUUCCAGCAGAAGAUCGAAAAGAAGAGAGCAGAAGAGCCCACGCGCGGUUCGCAAGGCUGUCUCGAUGUUUCGUGUCCAAAGACGCGAUCGAAAGACACAAUCUACAUAUCCUACACGUAUAUCCGUUAAACGAACCGAAGUCGUCGUUCUUCCUGUUUCAUACACAAAACACACACAGUAUACACACGUGCGAAGAACUCGGAUAACAUAACCUUGCUACACGUGCCUUGGCGAUCGGCCCUAAUAAACGGGAAAGGCUGAUUUACAGAGAGACACUUUUAUUUCUAUUAUCGAAUAACUUAUUCAGUGGUAAAGAACGUUCUGAGUGAGAGAGAACGCGUCGUUGACUUGUGAAUAACGAAGAAAGAGAAUACAAAUGCGGAUAAGUUAUAAUACAUGUGCGUCCUCCAUCUUGGAACUUCGAAAACCAACAGGAUGAUGGCGCCUGUUAACACUUGAGUGCGCACGAAUUUCUUCCUGUGUACAUACAACGACGCGAGCUCCUCUCUAUGUUGCGAAUUAUUUAUGCGUUCAAGGGAGAGGGGGAAAAAAGAGAGACGUUCACGCGGCGCUAGUUACGGAAGCUUCGUGCAAUCGUCAUGAAGAAAGGUUUGGUGUACUUACGCGACAGUGUUCCGUAGUUUUAUUAGUACAAAAUAUAACGUGGUAAGAGGCGCGUAUAUCGAAGGAAAUCAUAAAUAUUUUUUUUUUUUUUUUUGUUUCUUGCGUAGUAAGUUGCAGUAGAGAGUAUGUAUAUUUGAUUUUAACAUGAUGAUACACAGUGUUCCACUUUUCUUGGAAAGAUCUACGCGUUUGUAAUUUAAAAAGUGAAUUUUAUUCGUUUAAUUUUUGUUCUUUUUAUAUGUGUAUAUUUUUUCUUUUAAAGUGUCAAGCGUCCACGUCUAAUUUGGCCACAAUUUUUUUCUUUCGAGUGAAUUGAAUAUUAUUAAUUAUCUUGUAUUUAGGGACACUGCUUCUUCGAAACCGUCGUUGCGAACAAAGAAGCAUCGAAUAAGAAUAUAGGAUUGAAUAAUUGCACUUGGGGAAGUCUUGCGAAAUUUUUUUUUCUUUUUGCCAUCUAAAGGCGCGCGCGCAAGUGGACAAUUAACAAGGUGGGAUAAAUGUAUGUCAAUUGAGAUCAAUAAUAAUUAUGUUUGCGUUUUUGCCUUUUGCCUACUUGUAUCUCUAUAUUCGUAAUGUUACAUUAUUCGAUAGCGAAGUGGUUUAUAUUUGAUAAAAUAAUAUAUCAUUAACUGGAAUUAGCUUAACCACGAGCUCCGUAGCAUUUAAGGAUCUGGUUGAGAUCCAACCAUCGUGAUCUAGUCGUUUGUUGGAAUAUAACUGAUAAUGAUGUUGACGAUAUGUAAGGUGCGAAAGAGAGAGCGAAAGAGAGAGUUCAAAUACCCCCGCCAACUAAUUAGAAUAAUUAGUAAGAACUAUAACUCGAGGGACGAAACUAUUGCGAUUUUAAAAAUUAAGAUGCCAAACACGGAUUUUUAGUUUGGAUUCAAUGAGUUUCAAACUUCGGGGGUUAAAGUCGUGUGUAAUAGCCAAAAUUAUUAUCAUCUUUCGAUUUUGAAGUGUACAUAAAUAAUAAAUAUUAUCUCACGGGGAAAAAUAUAAUUAUAAAUUAAUAUUUUAAACCAAUUCUGAUCGUUUAACGAACAUCUUUGUAUCGCAAGAAAAUGGCCUCCAUUCAUCCUUCGUUUAAUCGAAUUAAAUCGCUUGCACGAUACGAAUACGAUUGCGAAUGUAAAAUCUAACCUUGUCACUCUGUUUAUGUUUGUUAUUCUUUCGCAAUGUUUCACUGAUAAUAGUCCGAAUAAUGACGAAAAUAAUAUUGUGAAUAUGAUUUAUCUCGUUCCACGUUGUACAAAAUAUAAUCGUUGGAUUAUUUUUCAUCUAAUCGGCUCGUUCUGUUUCAAAAUUGUUUGAUAUCGAUGUGCGUGCGGUCUCAAAUUGUGCCGCACGAAGAGAAAUUCCUCGAUUAAGAAUUUGGUCAGUUAGUGUUAGAAGUAUUAUGGGAAUGGAAAAACGUCUUUUCCUCACGUGGCACGAUUCAUUCGUAACGCGUGUAUAUCUAAUUUUUUUAAUCGCUUCUAUCUUAAAUCGUAAUGGAUGAUUCUUAUUCGUAAUCGAGAAACAACGAGUAUAAUCGUCAUAAAUGGGGGAAGAAAAAAAAAAAAAAAGAAUCGUGCACGUAAUUCGCUUCAAUCGUCGAAAUACCUCGAGCAACGGCCUAAAUGGGACGUUGAUUAAACGUAAAAAAGAAUAAAAAUAAACAAAAACGUGUGCGAAAUAACUGUACGACACGACAAUCGCCGCUGUUAAAUCAAACCGAGCAGCUGUUCAAAAAAAAAAAAAAAGGAAGAAAAAAGUCGCUUAAACCGAUAUGCCUUUCUACGUUAGAGACUCAAACUGUUGACAAUAAAAGCUCGACAAGAGAGAAAAAGAGACCUGGUGUGCGUGAAAGAAAUAUAGGUUCACGUCAUACAUACAUGUUCACGUUAUAUCUAUAUAUAUGUGUGUGUGUGUGUGUGUGUGUACAACAUAACGAGACAGAGAGCAAGUUCCUUCAGAUUCUUCAAUUCUCUCGAGGAAACGGUACAUAUCAAAGAGAUGUCGCCUUCUAUUUUUNUUUUUUUUUUUUUUUUUUUUUUUUUUUUUUUUUUUUUUUUUUGUUAUAGAUCGCGAAGAAUGUCACAUUCGAAGGGAACAAUUUAUGUUCGCAUAUUCUCCUAUAAUAGUUGGGCGCCGUGACGCUUCGCGUAGAACUUGUAAAAAGUGUUAGCGAAUAGUGUUGUAAAUAUUUCACCGAGCAAAGACAGGCGAUCACGAAUAGAAUCGCGUAAAAUGGGGAAGAGGGAGGGGGGAGAGAAAAAAGGAAAGAAACCGAUCGUGUAAUAAAUGAAAAAGAGAACUAUAUUCGAUAGAAAUAAAAGGGCAGAGAGCUACGAACUUGUAGUACCUGUUGCGUCACGAGGAUGUACGAUAUGUAUAUGUAGUGUUUACUGAGUUGUGGAAGAGCUUUAACAAUAAAAUGUAUAUCGACCUGUACGAUAAACGAUUGUCGUUGCCGUAUAACGAUAAAAAUAGCAUUUGGUGUAAUUUUAUAUUGGAACUGGUAAAAGCAGAGUCAUAAGAUUGGUAAAUGGUUGUGUCGCAUUGUGCGAUUGCCCGUUGCACGCGAAAAUAACCUAAAAGAUGAAACUAUUACUAAACGCCAUGUGGUCCAAUAAGUUCCUAAGAUCAUCUUACCGUUCGAAUUUUGAAUGAUGCUUUGACCAAUUCUAUUUUAUAUUAAUCUUCUAAAUUACUUAAUGAUAUAUAUCAUAGUUCGAUGUAUACCUUUAUUGCUAAUGUCUUUCUGCAUUGGUAUGCACACGUUAAAGUUUGCGUAUACACAUCUUGGGAUGGGGUAGAUGCUGCACCAAGUUGGUCGACAAUUUUUUUUUUUUUGCGGAAACGUUGCCGUACGAUCGAAUACCUUUUUCGUUUUUCAAUGUACAGUUAAAUGUAACGUAAAGUAAUUGUGCAUACGCGAGGACAACUAUUGUAUCAUAUCAAAAUUUAGUUAUUUUAUGAAUAAAAGUAUAAACCGCA